AUGAUCCUUAACACGGCUGUUGAAAAGAGCAUACCACAACCGAGCACUAGUCCUCACAAGCAAAAUCGCAAAACACAGACAAGCCACGACGAUAUCGACCCGUCCAAGAUGGUCAUAGUUCCGGAUAUCAAGUCUUACCUGUGCCAGGUUAACGGCUCGGAGGUGCUUGAUAUCAUGCUGAAGAACAAAGCAGUGAUCGUCAUGACCGAUGUCGACGGACAAACAGAAGUGGAGUUCUUUGGAAGCCAUGCAGCCGACAGCGAUCCAGAGAAUGCUAAAGAAGAGUUCACCACCCUCUACCUGAAAACUCAUCACGGUAUUGUGUGCAAGCUGCUAGAGCUACAGUCCAGGCACAUACCGCCAGAUGAAGUCACCAAAGCAGUCGCGAAGAUCACGAAAGACUUCCCCCGGGUGAUGGUGAAACCUAGUCCGAACAAAGACGUGUUGUUCUACGGGUCAGAGAAAGAAGUCCAGGAAGCGAAGACAGCGAUGUGUGAACAUCUCGGCAUAUCACUCACACGAGGUCAAAGGAGCCUUCGGAAGGGUGCGGCUGGGACAACAGGACUGCCCGACAAGUUUGGCCAGACUGGUAGUGGGAGCUCGUCAACUACAGAAUGGUUGAACUACACCACAAGGAAGGGGAUACAGAUUGUAGUCGCCCAAGGAGACAUCACACAACAGCGGGUUGAUGUCAUCGCUAACUCCGCGAACGAGUCCCUCAGCCACGGGAGUGGUAUAGCCGGAGCGAUCUCCAAGGCAGGCGGCCCGUCUGUCCAGAAAGAGAGCAAUGACCAUGUCAAAAAAUACGGACCUGUUCGGGUCACACAGUCGGCGGUGACAAGUGGAGGAAAGCUUCCCUGUAAACACAUCAUUCACGCCGUGGGACCGAAGUGGGAACGAGGUAACGAGGAAAAGGCUAAACAACAACUCCAGGAGACCUGCUACAGCAUUCUAACCAAAGCUUCGGCAACACUUCGGGUGGAAUCGGUAGCUCUUCCGGCAAUAGGCUCUGGAAUCUUUGGCAUGCCGAAGGAUACGUGUGCCGAAUCGCUGCUUUCCGGCCUACUACAGUUCCUCCUAAGGUCUUCUUUUUGCACAGUAAGGAGAAUUGUCUUCAUUGACAUUGAUCAAUCAAUGGUCAAGACACUAGCAGACGUCUUUGGUAAGAAGCUGUCACCUUGUGCCUCAUGAACUACC